AUGCACUGCAAUGUUACGAUCGGCGCUUUUGCCGCCUUCUUGCUUUUCAUGGAAGAGUUACACGGAAACCUUAACUCUAAUGGUUUUUUCCGCGAAUUUCUUAAGUUAACCGGGGCAGGCAUGCGGAUUGUUGUAUCGGGAUUAAAAGAAGAGGGAAAGCCGUCCACGAGUCGCUUAUUAGGAGGACAGAUGUACUGGUUUCAAAGUGUUCCAUAUGCGGUGUUCGGUCUAUGCUGCUACUCUACUAGCAGUGAAAGGCGUGUAUUUUCUAAGGGAAUAAACCAAUUUUUAGAGGUUAUUCUUAUAAUAGAAAGGCUAAAUAAUAUUUUCUUUAAGACUAAGUCUAGGCUAAGUAUUAAAGGCCUUUCUUAUAAGGCUAAGGUAAAGGUUACUUUUAAGAAAUAUCUUUUAAAAGCGCGAGAUAAAUUAAAAAUAUUUUAA